AAAAAACAUUCCCCCCAUCAUUAUAACUUAGCUGUCGCUCUUUAUUCAGUCGUUUCUGCUAUUCCUGUUAUCGAGUCCUGGUUCUCAUUCUUUUGAUAUUCAUUACAAUGCAUUCAUUACUACCCUCUGUUUAUCUUCUCCUCGCAGCAGCUGCUGUUGCCACAUGCCGACAAUGGGAGGACUGCAAAGCCCGUAUGGACGGCCACUUGCCAUACUAUACCCCUCCGACCUUUACAUUCUCUGGUAGAGUCCGUCGAUACUAUGUUGCCGCUGAAGUUGAGCCAUGGGAUUACGCUCCGACAGGCUGGGACAACUGGCUUGGUGUACCAAUGAAUGAGUCCUUCCGUGCCCAGACAUACGGAUACAUCGCCUCGGACACGAGCAUCGGGACCAAGUUCGACAAGGCGCAAUAUAAGGGAUACACGGAUGCCUCGUUCAGGGAACGUUCCAAGCAGCCCGAAUGGCUUGGUCUUCAGGGACCUAUCAUCCGUGCUGAGGUUGGUGAUAUGAUCGAGAUCAUGUUUGUGAAUAAGGUGGAUCAUUUCUUCUCCAGCAUGCAUUCGAUGGGGUUGUACUACACCAAGGAGUCGGAGGGAAGUGUUUAUUAUAAUGGGACCGAAGCUGUCACCAUCGGGAAUGCUGUCCCCCCUGGAGAAUGCUUCGUCUACAAAUGGCUCGUCCCGUCAGGCUCAGCUCCCAACCCUGGCCACGACAGCCGUAUAUUCUCCUAUCACCCCUACGUCAGUAUGUACCAAGACACAGACGCUGGCUCAUACGGUCCGGUGAUCAUCUACAACCCAGGGCGAAUGGAGGUCGUGAUGAAGGGUAACCGCGAAUUCGUGCUCGUCUACUCGGACAACCAGGAGUCGAAUUCCUUCCUCGCUCUGCACAAUGUCCAGAAGUACCUCCCUGGCAUGGCAUCCCAGGUCGCCAACUUGUCAUUUCAGUAUCCAACGGUGACCCAAGGUGUUGGGAAUUAUAGUAUUUGGUACCCGCAGUUCAUCAACACGCCCAAGACUAAUGUUACUACCACCAUGGCACCGAAUUUCUUCCCGAUCAACGGCUACAUUUACGCCAACAACCCCGCCUUCUCCAUGUGCGUCAACGACCCCAUCAUCUGGUACCUCUACGACAUGGGCUUCGACACGCACGUCUUCCACAUGCACGGGGAGAACACGGUCGACGCCGUGACCGGCGCCACGUCCGCCACAGUCGUGCUCAACCCGGGCCAGAUGACGUCUGUGCUGAUGACGGCGUUGAAUCCGGGGUGGUGGCAGCUUAUCUGCCAUUUCACGACGCAUCUGAGUAAGGGCAUGGAGGCGAAUUAUAUUGUGUAUGGUGGGCCGUAUGGGGAUUGUCCUUUGAGGCCUUUGGAGAAGUAGUUGGCUUGGCCGUGUCGCCUAUGGCCUGGCGUAGGUUGUUUGCUUGUCUUUUGGGUUUCGG